AGUGUUACUGGUAGACCUGAACUUUUAGGAAAUGCCUCUAACCCAUCCCAUUUUCAGCGGAAAUAUAUCCUCAUUCGGUGUAUGUGUCACAAGCUAGCAACAUUAGCGAGAGCAGAAGAAGUUAUCUGGCACCGGCAAGCUGCUUCUCUCCAUUCUUAGUUUGCUGCCAUGUCUUCAGAUGGUAAUGUGACAUAUUUGCUUUGGGAUCAACAAAAAAAUGUGCCGAUUUUGUGGAUAGACACAUGGCUAUUCUCAUCCAGAGGGUCCACACGGUGAUGCCUAUAGCAGAUGAUCUGCUCAGCAAUGACAUGAUCAGUGAUGAGGAGUACUCUAAUAUUCACACUUCCCGGACCAGCCAGGACAAGAUGAGAACGUUGUACCCAUUCUUACAGUCAAGAGGGCCAAAAGUGAAAUCAGCCUUCUACAGGAGUCUGCUGAAACACGACCGUUAUCUAGUCAACGAUCUGGUUCAAGGAUAUUCUUCUUCAGAGAGAUCUAGAGGACAUCUUCAGCCAGGUCCUGCAUUACCUCCUGCCUCCAAUAUAUUGUCAGGGACUGGAAGACAAUCAGUUGAACGUGCAUCAGAUGAGGAAUCAGUUGGAAAGAUCACAUACUACACCAAUAACGAUCUUGGAAAAGGUGCCGAUGGAAUUGUGUUCAGGGGUUUCUUCCUUUGUGAUGAUGCCAACAAGCGUCCUGCUGCAGUGAAGAGAAUUGAACUAGCAAAACAAAGCUAUGCUGAUCGAGAGGUCGUUUUGCUUCUUACAUUGGACUACAAUCCCCAUGUCGUCCGCUACUUCUGCACUGAGAAGGACAAGCAAUUCCUAUACAUUGCCAUCGAGCAGUGUGCCGCCUCUUUAGAUAAGUGUUUUACUAAAGAAAAUCCUUUUGACCUUCGCGGACUGAAACCAGUGACGCUGCUGGAACAGACCAUGAUAGGACUGAAACACCUGCACUCUCACAACAUAGUCCACCGUGAUGUGAAGCCCCACAACAUCCUGUUGAAAAAAGACUCUGACUCAUUCAUGGUCAAGAUCUCAGACUUUGGGAUGAGUAAGCAGUUGGCGGAGGACAGACAAAGCUACAGCAUGAGGUCGGGAGCCCUUGGCACCAUCGGCUGGAACGCCCCAGAGGUCCUGGAUGAGAGCAGGAAAGGAAACCCUACCAGUGCUGUGGACAUCUUCUCUGCCGGCUGUGUGUUUUACUAUGUGUUGACAGGAGGCAAACAUCCCUUUGGGGAACCCAAUCGGAGGGCUGGUAAUAUCGAGGAUGGAAAAUAUAACCUCGACGGAUUACAGAAAGACAAACAUGAGGACAUCAUGGCCGAACACCUGAUAAAAUAUAUGGUGACUAAGGAGCCCCAGAGGAGGCCUUCUGCUGAGAGCGUGCUCAAACACCCCUUCUUCUGGAGCCCGGAGAAACAACUGCAGUUUUUCCAGGGUGUGAGUGACUGGCUUGAUGGACAGUCACAGCUGAAGCAGUUGAACAAGGCAAUCAUCGAUCAGCUGGAGUCAGAGGCAGAAACAGUGGUCAAGGGGAACUGGAUGAAACAUAUCACUGAGGAUUUGCGAAAAAAUCUAGAAAAACGCAAAGGAGCAUAUGAAGAGGGCUCCGUUAAAUGUCUUCUACGGGCCAUAAGAAACAAGAGUAACCAUUACAAUGAAAUUCCUGAUCUCCAUAAGACGUUCGGCUCAUUCCCAGAAGGCUUUGUGUCCUACUUCACCUCCCGCUUCCCCCACCUGCUGCUGCACACCUACCGGGCCAUGCUCACCUGUGCUGAGGAGGAGGCCUUCAAGAAAUACUACCCCAAGUUGAAAGAGGCGUGGAUGGUCCAUGACACACAGACAGCCUAAGACCAAAAGGUCCUUUACACCAAUCUUUGAAGUGAUGACAACCAAGCCACCAGCCAAAUAUUGUGUAUUUUUCUAGGCUUUGCUUUUAUUGUUGUUUUCGUAACAUGAACCUGCAGUGCACUGAAUCCAGAGACAUUCCUUCAAUGACAAUUCCAUAACUAGAUAGAGGCUGUCAGUUCACUGUACUGUCAGUGUACAAAAGUGACCUUCGUUUUUUUU